CUCACACCUCCCCCAGCUCACCUCCUCCCCACCCCAGCAUGGCCGCGUCCACCAUGUCCAUCUGCUCCAGCACUUGCUCUGACUCCUGGCAGGUGGACGACUGCCCAGAGAGCUGCUGUGAGCCCCUAUGCUGUGCCCCCAGCUGCUGCGCCCCGGCCCCCUGCCUGACCCUGGUCUGCACCCCAGGGAGCUGUGUGUCCAGCCCCUGCUGCCAGGCAGCCUGUGAGCCCAGCCCCUGCCAAUCAGGCUGCACCAGCUCCUGCACACCCUCAUGUUGCCAGCAGUCUAGCUGCCAGCCAGCUUGCUGCACCUCCUCCCUCUGCCAGCAGGCCUGCUGCAUGCCCGUCUGCUGCAAGCCCAUCUGCUGCAAGCCUUCCUGCUGUGUGCCUGUUUGCUGCAAGCCCGUGUGCUAUGUGCCCACCUGCUCUGAGGAUUCCUCUUCAUGCUGCCAGCAGUCUAGCUGCCAGCCAGCUUGCUGCACCUCCUCCCCCUGCCAGCAGGCCUGCUAUGUGCCCGUCCGUUGCAAGCCUGUCUGCUGCAAACCCGUCUGCUGUGUGCCUGUCUGCUCUGGGGCUUCCACUUCAUGCUGCCAGCAGUCUAGCUGCCAGCCGGCUUGCGGCACCACCUCCUGCUACAGACCCUUCUCCUCCGUGUCCCUCCUCUGCCGCCCCGUAUGCAGGCCUGCCUGCUGCGUGCCUGUCUCCUCCUGCUGUGCCCCUGCCUCCUCCUGCCAGGCCAGCUGCUGCCGCCCGGCCUCCUGCGUGUCCCUCCUCUGCCGCCCCGCGUGCUCCCGCCCGGCCUGCUGA